AUGAUGCGUCGCUUCACGUCCCGCAUUUCGGCCUUCACAGCGAUGCCGGCGGUUGAGCAAAUCCGUCAAUUUCACUUCCCUCUCACGUCCCCGCCGAUUGAUAUUGAGUACCUCGAUAGCGACCCGCUCGAGUUUGCCGUGCGCACUGAGGCGCGCAACUGGGGCUUUGAUGACCUGCAGUACAUGCGUGAGCUCGCGUUUGUGCGCAUCAAUAACAACCCGUCGAUCGGCGACUUCCGCACUAUGACGCCGGAGGAGCGCCGCGAUCUCUUCUGGGGUAGCGACCGUCAGGACUUUUUUCGCCACAUCACCUAUAAGCUUACCGGCAACCCCGAGCACCUGUAUCACCGCGGCUGGUGA